AUGAACUCGUCGUCAGCCUCGGGCUCCGCCGGUGGGCAGCGCUCCCACUCCGGCAGAGCCCCAGGCAGCUUCUCACCACUCACCUCGUCAUCCACAUCGCCCAACAAACCAUCGCAGUCUCCGCGACCGCUCUCGCUCACUCGAAGAGCGCCGCCGCCUCUCAACAUGGACAACUUGCCCUCGGGCAACGAUGGCCCUAGCUCCGCCACCCUCACGACCCCGACCAUAAGCAUCUCCAAGAGAUCGCAGCGAGCCGGCUCUCCCGCGACUCCCAUCUACAACCAAUUCGCUUCCGCUGCCAGCACAUCCUCUCUACACAACUUUUCCCGACCGACAGGCUCGCCGCGGGUCGUCACACAGGGCACCUCAUCGCCUCUUGUGCGUGGCGAGACGAGACGAGUCACAGCCACCCAAGGCUCGUUCGAACCGACCAUGCCGUCGACAUCCAACCAAACAUCAGCAGCGGCUCUAACCGCCAGCCAAAUAGCAGCACAGGCAGCCGUAAUGUCACAUCAUAAAUCUGCUGGCACCAUCGCACACUCACGGCAGCGAUCGCAGACGGUUCCCAUGUCUACCGACAGCGGCGAUAGCUCUCGCCGAAGCAGCGGCAGCAAAGCGUCGGCCGGGCACCCGUCGCUACAAUCUGCAGAGACAGCGCCAAGCGGCCAGACAAACGGUGGUCUGGGCAUCAUGCAGAUGGACAGGCUAGGCAAUGCCAAUUCCACUGUCGCUACUACCGCUGCCAACGUCGUAUUCCCGCGAUCUGGCCAUACUUCACCAAAGGACGCCAACCAACCGCCGCCUUCACCGCUCCCGCUGCCUCCGCCAAUCCCGGUGUCAAUGCUAGAGAAGCCAAUCUCCAGAUCGGAAAAGGCAAAGUCUAAACUGUUUUCGCGCACGCCAAAGAUGCCCGCGAGCAAGUCCGACUCCAAGGAAAAGGCCCUGCCAAGCCCUAGCAAGAUUGGCUCCGCCUUGUCAGCGUUGCAGCGAGCCAACUUUAGCACAAGCAGUCUCGUAGACUCGUCCAAUUCUUCCAUUUAUAGCCUCGGCAACUCAUCGUCUGCCACAAUCCGCCCUGCUGACUCCAUGUUUGAGGACAAGACCAAGGAGAAGAAACACAACUUUUUGUCGCGGCAAAAGCAAAAGCUCAAGGACGAGUAUCAUUUAUCGUCCGUGGCUAGCAAUUCGCGGCCCACGGAUCCCAGUGCGCCAAGCAGCCUGUACAAUUUUCACUUGCCGUCGCUUCCGACAGCGACAAGUAAGAGCAAAAAGGACAAGAGGUUUGAGCGUUCCGAGAGCCGCCUGGACAAUGAGUCCACUUUCAACUUUGGCAGCGAUUGGAACGGGGGCAAUGCGUUCCCGUCGCUUUCGCAGACGUCGACGCAGGACUCUACGGAUCAUGGCAGGCUUGGACUACAGCCUCCAAACGGUCUUGAAGAGGCGCUGCCAUACUUGAAAAAGGUUGUGCAUCUCCUGUUUGAUCAUGAAGAUAUUCGCACACCGAUCGAAGAUAUUAAUCGGGUUGUGCAGAUGCACAUUCAGCUGUGCGUGCACAGACGAACGCCCGAGCUAGUGGUGGAAGACUUUCGAGAUCUUUUGGGCAACGCUUUUGCAUCGCUGGACCAGAGCUUACGAACGGCUGGCGAAGAUAGAUUUCUCCCUACGCUGGUUGACCUCUGGCUAUUCACAUUUGCUACGGUAUUGCCCUACUUACAGGCAGUCUUUUUGCCCUUGGACAUGGAGGUAGCGGGCCAUGGCAGCAUCAUACCAACAGAACAGGCCCGUACCCUCUGGCAAGGCACGGAGAGCCACAGCAAUGGCCAGGUCCGCCGCAAUCCCACCGAGAUCAACGUCAGAAUGCUGGUCCUCAAGUCGUACCGUGAUCUGGUGGUUCUUCCCCGCUACGAUACACUCAAAACCAUCUUCUCCCGCCUGUCGUUGGAGUUUCUCCCGGCUUCUCUAUCUGCUACGCCUGGAGAGCUCACCAUGUCUACGUCGCCGCCUGAGUUCUUCCCGCCCAUGGCGCCCAUGGCUCGUCCCGGCACAGCUGCGUCUCUUGACCCAUCAGUGGCCUCUUACAACUCCACAAGCUCUACCGCAUUUGGAGACAGCGGCUCGGGAUCAGGUGGUGGGCGUAGUCGUGCCGUGAGCAAUGUCAGCUACGUCAGCCAUGCCAGCGACGGCCACCGUCCGUUCACCCCGGGAGGCCACCAGACCCUGUCUAGCGUGCGCGAGCAAAACGUGGAGAGCUCCAAGGCCGUGACUGAGCUUGCUGGACGCAUGUUGCAGUGCAUGAGUGUCUUGUCGGGCCUCGGUGGUACAGACAAUGCUGAUGAUGAGGCUCGUAAGAAGCUUACAGAGCUGUGCCGAAUGCUCAAGCUCAAUUGGCUCGGACGAGGACGAACCGGACGAAACAGACGAGGCAUUGUAGGAGGACGAGUGAAGCGAGGCGAUGCUCGCGAGGAAGUACGCGUUGCUUAG